AAUUUGUCGUAGCUGAGACAAGUCUCCAACUGAAAGCAAUUCCCUUCUAGUACGGAUUGGGGACUCUGUACCUAUCCACCUGCCCAAGGAGAGGCUCUAAAUGCAUCUCCCCGCUCCAAGUCGCCUAAAGUCCAUUUCCUUGUCACAGUUCCAUAGGAUCAUUCCCAGAUUCACAAGCCAUGGCCCUCCCUCUCCCAGCCAUAGCAUGCCCGCCCUGUGAACUCUGUCCCCUUGAACACCACCCCCUCGCUGCCCAGGUUCAAGGGGACAGCCUUGUCUGGAGUCAACACUGUGGGAAAAGAAGCUUCAUGCGGCCUCUGGACUGGGACAGAGAACUGCUUCUUAUUUACUGGGAUCCUGUGUAGUCAAGACAUUUCCAAAGUGCCUCGUGUCAACCCCCAAGUCUGACCCACGCAGCCUGGAAAGAGGAGAUUUGGGCUGUGGAAGGUGGUCUUGUUCAGCUCCGUAUCUCCCUAGAGACCUCAGGCCCAUGGCCUCCUCCAUGGCACACCGACUUCAGUUGCGUCUGCUGACAUGGGAUGUGAAGGACACACUGCUCCAGCUCCGCUACCCUGUGGGGGAGGAAUAUGCCACUAAGGCCCGAGCCCAUGGGCUGCAGGUGGAGGCCACAGCCCUGGGACAAGCCUUCAGACAGGCAUACAGGGCUCAGAGCCACAGCUUCCCCAACUAUGGCCUGAGCCACGGCCUCACCUCCCACCAGUGGUGGCUGGAUGUGGUCCUGAAGACGUUCCACCUGGCAGGUGUCCCAGAUGUGCAGGCUGUGGCCUCCAUCGCUGAGCAGCUGUAUAAAGACUUCAGCAGCCCCUGCUCCUGGCAGGUGUUGGAGGGGGCUGAGACCACCCUGAGGGGGUGCCGCAAGCGGGGUCUGAGGCUGGCAGUGGUCUCCAACUUUGAUCGACGGCUAGAGAAUAUCCUGGUGGGUCUUGGCCUGCGGGAACACUUUGACUUUGUGUUGACUUCAGAAGCUGCUGGCUGCCCCAAGCCAGACCCUCGCAUUUUCCAGGAGGCCUUACGGCUUGCUAAUAUGGAGCCGACAGUGACAGCCCAUAUUGGGGACAAUUACCACUGUGACUAUCAAGGGGCUCGGGCUGCCGGCAUGCACAGCUUCCUGGUGCUUGGCCCAGAGCCUCUGGACCCUGUGAUCAGGGAUUCUGUACCUGAAGAACAUAUUCUCCCCUCACUGUCCCAUCUCCUGCCUGCCCUUGACCGCCUGGAAGGUUCAAGCCCUGGGCUGUGA